AUGACCGACAAUAACGAAAAGCCUCUGGUUCUGUCGACUCCUAAGCAGCCCGAGGAGCUCAUCUACAACGAUAAGAGCUGGUCUGAUGGGUCACUUCACUUGAUUUCUUCCGACAACGUACUCUUCAAGGUUCCUCCUUACUACUUUCUAGCCAACAGCGUUGUCUUCCGUGACAUGGACGAGUCGGCGGCCAGCACCCCGAUUCACUUCACCGACCCUAACAUCGAGUCCUCGACUGUCCUGCGAGACGUCCUGAAACUCUUCACUGAUUGGGAAUUGCCGGCAGACCUUACCGGAUCUCUUGACACUCGUGACGGCGAGCUCGUUAUGCGCGUCGUCUGCAUUCAUCAAUUCCUCACCAAGUACGACUGCCCGGGUCCCAUGAAAACUCUCAAGGCCCUGAUCGCAGCGAAGCGCGUCAAAAAGCAGCUCACCGGCAUCUGCGACUUCCUCUUCUGUGCCAACAUCGACGAUGUUGAAGGCUGCGACAAGUGCUCCAUCACCGAGGGCAAGCUCUCCUAUCACCUGUACCGUCACAUCCCUGGGCCUUACUUCUGGGCUCUCUUGCAGACUUCUGUGUCCUUGCAGAAGACUACCCGCGCCGAGGCGACAUUCAAGGGUCAUGUGUCUAUCGCCCAGCUCACCUUCGCGAAUCUGUUGAGGGAUAGAGACCUCAACGCCUCUGUAUUAGUCGAGCGAUGA